CGCUCGGGGCUCCUGGCAAGCGCCGCUCGGGAGCAGGAGCCCGCUGUGUGUAGGGGUCUGCGCCGCUCUCCAGGCUCUGCGGGAGGUUGUGUGAAGUUUUGUGACCUGGAGCGGUGCGGAUCCGCCCAAGUCAGUGGCCACUGAGUCAGCGCUUCUGCUGCGGCUGCAGAUGGUUGUGUCGGAGCUGCCACAUAGCUCAACAUGAACUUUAACCAUCGAGAUAAUUCAAAAAGUGAGCAGAAUAAAAUCUUUUCUUCUGAGAGCUGGCUGUGGGAUUCUGAAUUUCUCCAGCAGUACAGUCCUAUUCACUGCCUUUUGCUGAAACAGGACAUGGAGCUACGUUCCUUUCUCUGUGUUAGGUGCUGAGGAAGUUAUUUGUUUCAUCAGGGAAAUGCAGAUCCAUGAAAUUACAUUUUGUGCAAGUUGUUGUUAACUCUGUUGGCAAUGUCUAUGAUUUUAUCUGCCUCUGUGGUCCGUGUGAGGGAUGGACUUCCACUUUCUGCAUCUACCGAUUAUGACCAGAGCACGGGAAUGCAAGAAUGUAGAAAAUAUUUUAAAAUGCUCUCAAAGAAACUUUCUCAGCUUCCUGAUAGAUGUACUCUGAAAACUGGACAGUAUAAUAUAAAUUUUAUAAGUUCUCUGGGAGUAAGCUAUAUGAUGUUGUGCACUGAAAAUUAUCCCAGUGUCCUGGCUUUCUGUUUCCUGGAUGAGCUUCAGAAGGAGUUCAUCACUACCUACAACAUGAUGAAGACAAAUACUGCUAUCAGACCAUACUGUUUUAUAGAGUUUGAUAAUUUCAUUCAGAGGACCAAGCAGAGAUACAACAACACACGUUCUUUGUCAACAAAGAUGAAUCUUGCUGAUAUGCAGACAGAAAUCAAGCUGAGACCACCGUAUCAAAUUUCUGUGUCAGAACUUGGCUCAGCCAAUGGCUUUUCUCAUGUACCUGUGGGGCUGUAUAAGGGUACUGGUAAGAUAUCUGCAGCUCCUCAUCAGCGUCUGGAACCUGUGACUCUACCAGGGAUUGUCUCAUUUGUGCUUAGUCUGUUAUGUGGAGCUUUGAAUUUAAUCCGUGGCUUCCAUGCCAUAGAAAGCCUUCUCCAGAAUGAAGGUGAAGAUUUCAGCUAUGUUAUUGCAUUUUUUCUUGGAACGGCAGCCUGUUUGUACCAGUGUUACCUGUUUGUGUACUACACGGGCUGGAGGAAUGCCAAAUCCUUCCUGACUUUUGGGUUGAUCUGCCUGUGUAACAUGUACCUGUAUGAACUGCGCAACCUGUGGCAGCUCUUCUUCCAUGUGACUGUGGGAGCUUUUUCUACCUUACAAAUCCGACUGCGACAACCCCAGGGAAAGUCCCCUGAUUACAAUGUCUGACAAGUCCUGGAACAUUGAGACCAAGUCUUGUUCCAGUAGUUACUCUCAGGAAUGUAAAGCUGUUCUCCAAAAGAAGAGGCUGUCUGAAUGGAGCUUACUCUUUUUUUUUUUCCUUUUUUUUUUUUUAAUGAAUCAGUGUAAGAUGCCUGUGGACAUUUUACACUUGGUGGUUAAACUUUUUUUUUAAUUACUUUUUUUUAAAUUUUCUUGAAAAGGACACAAAAGAAUGUGGGACUAGAGGAGGAAAGUGAAGCAUAUCCAUGCAGUGAAAUGUAUGUAGAGUAGGACUGGUGGCAUAAAAAAGCUUCAUUCAUACAUUCAUGGAGAUAAUCUGAUGUGGAAUUACCUGAUGGUGUCACAUUAUCUGAUGGUGAUGUGGAAGCACAUUUUUACAUUAAUGGAGGAAUGUGUAGAGUAUGUUCUGCAUAUCGUGCAAGCUUUUCACUUCCAAGGUCAGUUUUGCCUUUGUGAGGCAGUAGGGAAUAGGCUAAACAAGUAAUAAUAAUGCUAUUGCAUAUUAGCAAACUAGCUGUGGAAUAUGUAAGAUACUAAAUUUUGGAAUGUUUUGUUUCACAUUGGCAUAUAUGUGAAUGUUUUCUUAAUUAAAAUGUAACCUGGAAACUCAGUUUCUGGGGAUUGGCUUCACCCAUGGUGCUCUGUCUUGUGCUGUAUUUUCUUUUAAUGUGUUUUCAUUAUAAUUUUCUUUUAAUUAUUCUUUGAAAUUGAUUUAUGUGGGUAAGGUUCAUUUUUUGUAACGAUUCAGAAAGUUCUGCUACUAAACCCAGGAUUCUUGCGCGCCUCGUGUGUUUGGACUCUGGAAGGGUUGAAAGGGUGGAAAGAUUGGUGAGUAAAUGGAGUGGCUUGUACUUGUUGGAAUACUGUUCUCCUUUUUAUAUGUUCUUCCUUACUUUCAGAAGUGGAUAAAUAAUUAGCUCAAACCUGAGACAGACAACUGGUGACAGGAAAAUAAUAAAUCAGUUGAUUAUCUUAAACAAGAAA